AUGGGAGUUUCUCAAUCUCUUCUUAAUUCUUUCUAUUUGAAGAGUAUCAUUCAAGGAAACGAAGAGUUGUGCAAGAUGUCGAGUGAGUCCUUGUGGAUCAAAGUUUUGGAAGCACGAUCCCAGAGAAGAAGCAUUCUAAGGAAACAAAGAGGUACGAUGAAAAAUGGUGGACACGUUAAAACCAGGAAGCCUAGAAGGAUUUUGAUGAAGAAGAAAGCCUGUCUAGAAAGUUCUAGAAGGCCGGCUAACGGGAUCCAACGUAGGGUCAAGAUCCUAAAGAAGCUAAUUCCGAACAGCGAGUCGACGGGUUUAGAUGGGCUCUUCAGAGAGACAGCUGAUUACAUUCUGGCUUUAGAAAUGAGAGUAAAAGUCAUGCAGAUUAUGGUUAAGGUAUUGGGAGGUUCAGAGGAGUGA